AUGCCUCCAAGAACGCGUGCUAUAGCAGGUGAGGGUGAAAGUCGGGGUGGUCGUGGUCGUGACCGCGGUCGUGGCCGUGGUCGUGGUAGAGAGGCACCAGUGGAGAAUGAGGAGUCGAUUUUAGAAUCGAGAAAGAAUGCGAGGAGAGCGGCAAGGACCGCGGCUCAAGCAAAUGAGCCAGAUGUAAAGAACUUAACUUGGGCCGAAUUUGAGGUGCUCUUUAAGGAACAGUACUUUCCGGAGACUAACCAUGACCAAUUAAGGAAGGAGUUCGAGAAGUUAGAACAAGGGAAUAUGACCGUGUUAGAAUUCGCUCUAAAAUUUCAAUCUUUGUCCCGUUUCGCGCCGGAAUUGGUGGCUACUGAGGAGAGAAAAUGUAGGCGGUUCGAAAAGGGAUUGGAUGACAUUGUGAAGAGAAUGGUGAUGGCACAAUGUAAGGGAAGGUUUGCCGAUGUUGUUGAGUGUGCAAGGAGCAUUGAGAUCCCAAAGGAGGCACCACGAAAUCCUAAGACUUGGGAACCGAGGCAACCGGCUGGCCAUUAUGUGAGAAAUUGUCCGCAUGGGGAAGGGACUCGAAGCGAGUUUGGUUCGGUGCAGCAACCGAGAGGUGGUCAGAGUUCUGAUCAGCAAUCAUUCCGAGGCACUCAAAGGCAGCAGCAGCCUCACUUUCAUCAAACCACAUCAGUUCAGGGAUCUCAGGUCGAGAGAGGAGCGAGUUCUUCGACACCUACUCGGGGUUCCGGUCAAUGGGGUGGACAUGUUCAGAGUCAGAUGACUCAGGGAAGGGCUUUCGCGAUCACAUCCGCUAUUCGGCCUCCACCAUCUCCUGUUACCUCUCAGACCCUGGAGACUUUGGUUGUGAGGGAUACAUUUCUACUGUUUAACUCAUUUGCUAGAGUAUUAUUUGAUUCCAGAGCAUCACAUUCAUUCAUUGCUGCAUCUUUUGCUUAUGCAUUGGAAUCGGAGAUUGAAAGUAUCAACCCUCCUUUGCUUGUUGAGACACCUAUAGGGGGUAGAUCGCCAUUAGAUCGUGUUUGCCGGGAUUGUGAGCUUGCUAUUCGAGAUCGCUGUUUUACCUUUGACUUCAUCGUGUUGAAUAUGUCGGGGUUUGAUCUUAUUUUGGGCAUGGAUUGGUUGUCUACAUUUCACGCUACCAUAGAUUGCUUCAAGCGUCGGGUCCGUAUCUGUCCACCUGGGGGUUCUUGUUUUGAGUUCUUUGGGGAGCGUCGGGAACCAUUAGAGCCGUACUUGGGUGGGUCUCGGGAGCAGGAGCCGAUGUAUGCCUUAUUAGCGAGUUUGGCCUUAGAUGGGGAUGUGUCUGCACGUGGGGAGUUGCCCCUUAUUGUUUGUGAUUUUUUGGACGUGUUUCCGAAGGAGUUACCUGGUUUGCCACCCCAGAGAGAGAUUGAAUUCACCAUCGAUUUACUUCCUGGCAUCGCUCUUAUUUCCAUACCUCCAGAUCGUUUCGCACCCACCAAGUUGCGAGAAUUGAAGACUCAGUUACAAGAAUUGGAGAAUUUGGGGUUUAUCCGUCGGAGUACGUCACCAUGGGGAGCACCGGCAUUGUUUGCUCUAAAGAAAGAUGGGUCGCUUUGUCUAUGUAUCGAUUAUCAUAAAUUAAACCAUGUCACCAUUAAGAAUAAGUAUCCAAUGCCUAGAAUCGACGAUUUAUUUGAUCAACUUCAGGGUGCAACUUGUUUCUCUAAGAUCGAUUUAAGGUCUGGUUACCAUCAGUUUAGAGUUCGGAGGGAAGACAUUCCUAAAACCGCAUUUCGUACUCGUUAUGGCCACUAUGAAUUUAUUGUGAUGCCCUUUGGAUUGACGAACGCACCUGCAACUUUCAUGGAUUUAAUGAAUCGCAUUUUUUGCGCCUAUCUCGAUCGUUUCGUGGUCGUUUUCAUGGACGAUAUCCUUAUCUAUUCACCUCGAAAGAAGAACAUCAAACCCACCUUUCUAUUGUUCUUAAACUCUUGCGAGAACACCGUUUGCAUGCCAAACUUAGAUGGGGUGUCUGUUGAUCCGGGGAAGAUAGAGUCCGUAAUGAAUUGGCAACGACCGAAGAGUGUAUUCGAGAUUCGUAGUUUUUUGGGUUUGGCCGGUUACUAUCGUCAUUUUGUUUUUGAUUUCUCUCGUUUGGCGGCCCUAAUGACUAGGUUGACUUGUAAGGGGACUCAUUUUGUUUGGACUGACGCGUGUGAGAAAGCCUUUGAGGAAUUGAAGAGAAGAUUGACUACCGUGCCGGUUUUGGUCGUGCCCGAAGAGGGCGUCGGUUACUCAGUGUAUUGUGACGCUUCGAAAGAGGGAUUGGGGUGUUUAUUGAUGCAAUUGGGGCGAGUGGUGGCAUAUGGAUCGCGACAAUUGAAGACUCAUGAGCGGAAUUAUCCUACUCAUGAUUUGGAGCUUGCAGCUAUCGUCUUUGCUUUGAAGAAUUACGACUUUGAGUUGCAAUAUCACCCGGGAAAGGUGAACAUGGUAGCGGACGCUUUGAGUAGAAAGUCGACACACCUUGCGAGUUUGGCCAUCUACGAGUGGAAGACGAUGAAUGACUUGGGUUCGUACGCAUUGCAUUUUGAGGAAGUUCGAGAGCGAGUCACCUUAUGUAACUUAACUGUUCAAUCAACCUUGUCGACUCGAGUAGUUGAGGCCCAGCAACAAGAUGAAGAAGCAAAGGAAUUCCGUACAAAAUUUCUUAGCGGAAAUGCUCGGGAGGGGUGGAUUUUUCAUGCCGGUCAAAGCUUGCGAUACCAAGGAAAAUUGUUCAUACCCAUUUCGUGUUGGGAGGAAAUUUUGAGAGAAUUUCACCAUUCACCGUUAGCCGUGCAUCCGGGGGGAACAAAAAUUGAAAGCCGAGCAUCAACGACCCGCGAGGGAGUUACAACCGUUACCAGUGGCAGAGUGGAAGUGGGAGAACGUGACAAUGGAUUUCGUUAUCGAGUUACCGAGGUCGCCGAGGGGGCAGGAUGCCAUUUGGGUGAUAGUCAAUCGAUUGACCAAAUCCGCAUAUUUCUUACUGAUUCAAGUUUCGGAUUUGAUUGA